UGACUUGUGGUGUGACAGGUUAUAAGACUUUUUUGCUCUUUGACCUCAUUUUAUUAUACCCAGCUGUCACAUUUUCAUAGCUUCUUGGGUCUCUUUUGAUGGUCUUUGUUGAUACUUUGAGAAGCUCUGACCUUUUUAUUUUGCCGCAAAACAUUCUAACCAGAGGGUUGUGGAUGCUUGAGGAUUGACCAUACAGUACGCAGGUUACCGAUCAGUAUAUAAAGAAGAUUGGACUCGCCCAAAAACGACAGUAUGUAGCACCUGCUUCUUGUUACUCCCAUCGUAUCUUGACUCGGCCGGACCGUUUCAAUUUCCUUAGAACCCAAAAAAAAGAAUCGUAUCUUGUGAAACUUGCUUGAAUACCUACCUGACUUUGCGGGAUCUUACACUGGCUGUUUGCCCCGGCUUUUACUUGUACACUUGUCUAAACCAAUCAACAAAACUCGAGAGUCUCUCAAACAGACUACCACUGCUAUUCCAUCUUGUUGCUUUUCAUCCAAAUCUCAAUCACCAUUCCAUUGGCCUAGCCAUUGUCGCAGGUAAGCAAGUGCUGGCCCACUUCAUGACAGGUCUGAGCUCACAGACGGAAACUCGUUCGGGGAGGGGAGUCUAGACGAACUGUCCCAGUGAAGAGACCAAGUACUCAUCCAUGUGCUGGAUAUCUUGACUUGACCCAACUCAUCUAGCAUAACUCCUUUAUCUUGGGAAUGUACUGACUAUGAUGAUGUCUAGGCCUCUUAAUUAUCAGUCCUUAUUGUCCUAGAGACCUCUUACAUAUCAUUUCCUACAAUAUUCCAAUCUUUAUCCUACAAAACCAUCAAAAUGGUUUCCACCACAAUUACCUUUAGCAAGGCCGAUGUGCAAGCCCCGGUUUAUAUCGCCGGGGCCUUUUCAGAAUGGUCACCAGUGGAGAUGACCUGCGAAAAGCUUGAAAACGGUCAGAACAAGUUCACGCACGCCGCCGAACUUCAACCUGGUAAAUACCAGUACAAGUUUCGCCUUGGUCCUGGAGACUGGUGGGUCCUAGAUGAAUCAACGUCGACCGAAAAUGACGGAUCAGGAAACGUCAACAAUGUCCUAACCGUCGACCCCGAACAAACUCAAGAGUCAACUCUUCAGCAAAGCGAAGGUGAAAGCGAAGACAUUGGCCAGGCUCCAAUUGCCGCUACUGCUGCUGCUACUGCUGCCAUUACCGCUCCUGCUGCUGCUGCUGCUGCUGCUGCUACCACAGCCAGUGCUACUGUGUCCGACACUGUUGCUGCAAUGGAGGACGAACUCCGUGUCCAGCCAGAAGGCACACCAGAUGAACACGACGUCCAUAAAGAGGCUUCCAUCCCGGAUUUUGCACCUCCUCCUUAUUCAGCAGAAGAGCAUAAAAUACCUCUGAUCUUGGAGACUGACAACAAACCUGUCCCAGUGACGACAAAGGUUGCAGAUGUGGUGCAGAGGAGCUCACCCGAGAGUGAAGCUUUGCUGCCUCAACCCAACAAAGGUGGUGGUGUCCUGGCGAAGAAUAGGGUGCUAUUAGUAGCUGUGGUCGUAGCUAUACCUGUGGCUGUCUCAUUCUUCUUACGUCGAUAGGGCAGGUGUGUCAGGGGGAGUUUGCUGUACGAUUUGAAGCCGUUUUAAUAUCUCGUGGAUUGUCCUUGCGUUUUUGUUUUUGGUCUUUUGCCAUGUGGUUGAGGCGAGAAUAGUAAUUGAAACCUUUGAUUGUGAUGACGUGUUUGUCUUUUUUGUUCCUUGAAUUGAUAGUUCUCAUUGUUAUCUUGACUGUGUACUACUCAUACUGAAUUUGAUACCUUGUGUGUUG